GGGAGCGUAUAGAAAACUGCCAAUUCAUAACAGAUUGUCAUUGGAUAAAGACGUCCCAUUUUUUGUUUUUCUUUCCACCUUACUUUUUUUAACGCGUUUGAAAAGUAAAUCAUCAAAUUCUACAAAAUUAAUACGAAAUGGAGCUCCCGCAUAUUGGAAAACAGUGCAACGAAUCUAGUUGCAAGAGGUUAGAUUUUCUACCAAUAACUUGUGAUGCAUGCAAUAAUAUAUUUUGUGAAGAACAUUACACUUAUACAACACACAGCUGCCCCAAAGCCUACUUGAAAAACAAUCAGGUGCCAGUAUGUCCACUCUGUAACAUUCCCAUUCCAGUGGUGAGGGGGCAGCAGCCUGAUGCAGUUGUCGGGGCACAUAUAGACAAUGAUUGCCAAUCUGAUCCAGCCAAGAAUCGUCGCCAGAUUUUUGUUAACAAAUGUUCGAAGAAAGGCUGCAAGACCAAGGAAGUCAUUCCUGUUAUUUGCAAUGACUGCAGGAAAAAUUAUUGCUUGAAGCAUAGGCAUACAUCGGAUCAUGCAUGCCAGGGGAAAGUCAUACAUCAAACUAAUAAUCCUCCAAGAAACGAUUUUAGUGGUAUACAAGGCAAUAUGAGCGAGGAUGAAGCUUUAGCAAGAGCUUUGGCAUUAUCCAUGCAGAGUGCUAGUUCCACAAUGGAGAUGGACAUGGCUCUUGCCAGACAAUACCAGGCAGAAGCUACAUCAGGAGCGGCAUCAAACUCUUCUCACAGAUGCAACGUUUCAUAAAUUCCACGACUUACGACACUUUACCCGUUUUCAUACACUAUUUUUUUGUAUUUAUAUUAGUUCCAAUAUUGUAUUUUUCCGCCUCUGGUAUAUAUGGAUGAUCAGCGGUUACAAAUCGAAAUUGACUUAUAGAUCUUAAAGACACAAAAGCUUAUUCUUUAAAUUAAUAUUAUACAUAUUUUAUAUUGUU